AUGCUGGGGCGCCUCCUGGCCACAGGUGCGCGGCCGGGCCCGCUCAGGCUCGGCACCCGCGCCUUCGCGCCCGCGGUGGUCCACAAGGACCCCAACCUGCUGAGCGGCGCCGAGCGAGGCGCGCUGGAGCGCAUCGGCGAGGACGCGGAGCUGCAGGGCCUCUCCCGGAGCUCCGCCGCCAGCGUGGUGCGCGGGGAGCCGCCGGAGGGCGCCGUGGUCGUGAGGAGCCACAACGGCCCGGCGCCCCACGCCGGGUCCAACUUCCCCGUGCAAGCGUACGCCGCCCACCCGCACAACUUCACACCGCUGCGGCCCGUGGCACAUGGCUUCUCGGCGUUGGACAGGGCAGUCCGCGACACCGCCUGGGAGUCUCGAUUCGACCUGCUCGAGCGCCGCAUCCAGCCCACCUAUUGCGGCGAGUGCCGCGGCACGCCACGGCGAGAGCUGCAGGACGGCAUGGUGGCCGGCAUCCGCGUUCGCCCAGUGCAGAACCCGUACGCGAAGCUGACGAGGGCGCAGAAGUACCGCCUGAACACGUGGCCGUCGCGCAACUGGACCGCCUGGACCCCACACCGCUGCAACGUGAGGGGCAGCAGGAGGAGGUACCGGGUGCCUGAAGACAUCAACCCGUACAGAGACGAGCUCGGUGAGUGGCACCCACCCCGCGUAUCGGGCCGCUACAAGGCAGACAUCGAGAAGCAGUUCUACAUGAACAGCCUGCCCUGGGUCUGGCAGAACGACUACUACCUCGGGAAGCAGCACUUCAUGGACCGAGAGCCGCGGGGCCCCAAGAGGUGGUACAAGAGGGAGUUCCGGAGGGCGCAGGUCGCAGAGGCGCUGCGGCGGGCUGACACCAUGGUUGAGGAGUACAAGAAGGAGCGACGCGAGAAGAAGCGGCUGUCGUGGGUGGAGCAGGUCGUGCUGGAGUUUUGUGGCGAGCAGGCGUCGUUGCCCUACGUGCGCGAGAGGCGGAUUCCCAAGAUGUGA